GGUAUCCUUAGUCCCGGAAUCGUGGGGCAGGCUUAGUCUGGCAUUGAGAUUGAGAGGCCUGGAUGGCUGGGACCCUGAACGCUCUGUACCUCUCCCUCUCGUGUCUGAGACUAGAUGGGGAAGGAGCUUCGGGACUUUUUGUUGGUGUACAACCGGAUGACAGAACUCUGCUUCCAACGCUGUGUGCCCAGCUUGCACCAUCGAGCCCUGGAUGCAGAAGAGGAAGCCUGCCUUGACAGCUGUGCGGGAAAACUGGUCCAUUCCAAUCACCGACUGAUGGCUGCCUAUGUCCAACUGAUGCCUGCCUUGGUACAACGCCGUAUCGCAGACUAUGAAGCAACUGCAGCACUGGCAGAGACAACUGGAUCUCCAUCAAGCCCCAUGGCUGACCAGCCUGGGGCUCCAGGCCCUGAAAGCUAGGGGGAUUCCUGUUCACCUACCACCUUGGGAUGGAGAGCUCAAAUAUAGGGCAUUCUGACAUGAGGACAGAGUAUAGUGUGACUUGGGCAACAUAGGGGGCUUUCUGGAGCCAUCCUGUGUCAAUUUCACAUGUUCUGUUGCCUACUAAAAGCCCUUAUGUCAUCAUACCAGGGGACCCACUAUCUACCACAAGGGGUGUUCAGACAGAAGGAGAGUGAGCAGGGCAUACUUUCCAAAUUCCAAAGGAAAUGAAUAGUACAAGGGGCUAGGACCAGAGAUGACUAAACAGAGAGAGAUGAUUGGAUCCUCAGAAGGGUUAGAAGGCAAGAGAGGGAAUUAUUCAUUCAUUAUAACCCUUCUGACACCCUGUCAUCAAAACCCAGAGAUAGCCUUUCUGUGAUUCUGAAAACCUCUGUAUCCUUCCCCUUGUCUGACUCUGCCUGUCAGCAGUAAAGUCCUUAUAAGUUUCUGUGGACUGUGUGUGCUUGCUUUAGUGGUAGCAGGGUAGGGAUUGGUUGAGACUUUUCUUAUCCCUCUCCUGGACAGGAGUCUAUCCAAUAAUUGGAUAUUGGAUUUAAGAAGCACUUUUGGAGAAGCUUCCUUAGGCAUCUUAUGUUUGUUUCUUAGUGGAUAAUUUCUUUGCUAAAUCCUUCCACAUAUACCUUAAAUUCUAUUCCCUGACCUCUCCUCUAAGACCUUGAUUCAACUGUCAUCCUUCUUUGUCUUCAUUCCCAUAGGAACAUCUUCUCUUGCUUUUCUGAUCCUUAAGCUUCUUAUCCUAAAACACAAAAACUUAUUCCCUGGACUCUGCUACUCCCUUCAGCUAUUGUUCUCUGUCUUCACUGUCAGACUCCUAGAAAGAGUAUUCUAUACUAAACUUUCUCAAUAUUCCACCUCUCCCACUUUCUCAGCACAUUCUUUGAUGCCCUGAAAUCUAGCUUCUGUCCCCAGCACUACACAGAAACAUUUUUCUGCGGUCACAAAUGACUGUCUUAUAGCCAAAUCAAAUAGUCCUUUAUUCCUCUUUGACCUUUGUAGCAUUGGACAAUCCCCCUCCCUCCCACACUUUUUUAUAUUCUCUCACCUAAAAGUUAAUGUUACCAAAACUAAAUUUAAUGUCUUCCCCACGCAUACUUAUAAUUUCCCUGUUUCUAUAGCUGCCACCAUUGUAUUCUAGAUACAGAGGUUUGCCUCUUGAGUCCUCUUUUACUGUUUUUUUUUCCCUUCCUAAGCCCAAACCAAUCAGUUUUCAAGGUCUGGGGGGCAGCUAGGUGGUGCAGUGAAUGAAGCACCAGCCCUGGAUUCAGGAGGACCUGAGUUCAAAUCUGGCUUCAGACACUUGACACUUACUAGCUGUGUGACCCUGGGCAAAAAAAGAUAUAUAGUUUUCAAGGUCUGUCUGUCUUAUUUAUGCAGUAUCUUUUACAACCACCCUAGCUCUAGUUCUGAUAUUAAUACUUAAGUUAAGGUACUCAUCACCUUUAACCUAAUCUAUGACCUUUAACCAGCCUCCUAACUAGUUUUUUUACACCUUCUUACCUUGCUAAUCCAUCCACAUAACUCUCAAAAUAAUCCUCCUAAAUGAUAAAGCUGCUAAUGUCAAACUGGCUCCAUGGCAAACAUGGUUCCCCAUUAUCUGCUGAUUACAGCCCAUACAACCUGGCAUUCAAUGCCCACCAUGAUUUGUCCCCAACCUACCUUGUCUUCAUUGCUCCUCUUCAUUUAAACCUAUACCACAACCAUACUCGAUGACUUGUUUUGGUUUUUUGGGGGGGUGGGGGUUGGGGGGAAUGCCUUAGGUUUUCUUGGCUCAUCCCUUCUACCUUACCCACUCAAUAUAAAUAUGACCAAGAAACUCCCUAUUUUCUUCAGUUGAGGUCUUAAAUACAACCCUUUGUCCCUUUCUUGGUACUUUUACAUCAUAACACCAGAUUGGAGUUUGACCUCCCAUCCUUAAGUAGCUGUGUGACCAAUUGUUAAGUCUCACUGAACCUUUUUGAACCAUAUCCUUUAAAACUAGAUAACAGCACUUGCAGUACCCUACCUCACGGGGUUGUGAUGAAAGUGUUAUACAUAUGCAUUAUUUGAAAAACUAGGAAAAACUCAUCUGGGAAUGGUUGCAUGGUAUAGUAGAUAGAGAGCUGGCUUCUGUUAGGAAGCCUUGCCUCUGAAAUAUAUUGGCUGAGGAGCCCUGGGAAAGUUACCAACCCUCUCAGUGCCUGGGCAGUUGUUUUAAGUAAAUUGUGGAAAAGGUUUCAAUCUAAGUGGGAGUUUCUUCAAGCAGGAGUUCCCUAUACCAGUGAAAUUACAACUUCACUCACUAUCUCCAUAUCUUAUUGAUGAGCUAUCAAUGGCAUGUUAUGGUACCAUCAACAUUAUAAGUAAUAGGAUAGGUAGUGGACCUGGGAUUUCAUUGGUAGGGGGCAAUUCCUGGAUGUGAAAACUUCUGCCAGCGCAUGUCGGUACCUUCUCUGUAACUUGGGAGACUUAGAUAAUUGUGGCAUUGAGGUUAAGUGAUACACUUGCCCAGGAUCACACUGGCAGUAUAUGUCGGAGGCAAAUCUUGAACUUGGGUCUUCUGACUGGGAGGUUGAUUCCACUAGGCCAUUCUGCCUCUUUCAUCAGAAUGUAAGGAAUUAAGGAUAUUCAAUAUGCAAAGGGAGGUCUGAACAAGAACAUUGACUAAAAGGUGAUGAAGCUUUAGAAGUUAAGACUUUCAGAAGAAAACAAAUGUAUUUUCAUCUUCCUAGUUACAUAUACUUAAAAACUUGAGAGUUUUAUUUGGAAAACUCCAUAUUUGGGUUGUUUGUUCAUUAGUAAGUAUAUGAACUAUUAUCCUUAUGUGCAUACAUGUCUUUACUAUAGAGAUUUUCUGAAUUCAAGUACCCCAUCUUCAUUCUUAUCCCUUGAGUGCCUAGCACAGUGCCUUGCAAAGCAGUUGUUAAAUGUAUUGUUUAUGUAUUUCUUAUUCUGUAACUCAGCAAGAGAUUGAACUUGUAUUAAGAGCUCAAUAAAGACUAUUUGAAUCAUU